CAUGCGUAUAUUCGAAGGCACGCUUGAUAACUCGCCUGAAGAUUUGCUCUUGCUCAAACAAAUGGCAGAUACCGCACAUACAAAUGGUGAUUUUGAAGCAGAGAUCUGGCUGGGCGUCUAUCAUGUUGGAAACGCGUUGAUCGUCGACAGACUUCGUGAUUGUGAGCCCUACGUGGCCCUUUUGGAGGCACAUUUGAAGCAGACAGCUGAUUAUAAUCGAAUUGCUAUUCAUGGCACACUGUUGUGUUAUUAUGCAAGAUGCCGAAAUUAUGAAAAUGCUCGUAAACAUACCAAGUGCUUAAUGGUCAUCCUGCCUUUACUCACAGUAACACGUAAGUUUAUUCCUAUUAAACAUAAAUGAAACUAACAAUAAAACUAGCAAACAUCUUUCCUAUAUUCGGUCUUAUUUUCGCCACCAUGGGACUUUAUUCACUUAUAGAAGACGAAAGAGUCGAUUUUAUAUCCACCCAUGACUCAAAGAACUACGAUCGAUUCAUUGAAGGUGUAGCCAGACUGAACCAUGCCUUCCAGCAAGUCAAAUUUUGGGAAUUCACACAGCCCUGUCUUUAUUUGGCCAGAGCCUUACCUUAUAUCAGUACGGGCAGGACAGUUGAGGGCUUUACUGUACUGCAACAUGGAGUACUUGAAAUGCGAUUUAUUCAAGAAAUUCGGUUCCUGAAAGCGUUUUAUUGGGCCAAUCUUGGCAAGUAUGCAUUUACUCCAGCAGAUCGAUUUGAAUGGACCAAGAGAGCACAAAAGGACUUUGAGAGUCUCAAGAUUGCCUCACAUAUAUAUUGUAAUCCAGAUCCAGCGAAUCUUUAUUCUCGAGGUCGUCCAGCUGACUUGCGAGGAUAAAGAAAGUGUACAUUUAUUUAUUUGUCUCUUAAUAAUUUAUAAUAAAACCAAU